AUGGCCAGCAACGGGGGAGCCUGGGAUGGGGAGCGGGAGCCACCGCCAAGCCAGGAGAUGGAGUUGGAGCCCCUCAAGCCCCCAGCGCUGCCAGGAAAAACUCAGAGGGCCGUCGUGCAGGCGCGGGGCAGCAUGCGCGCCCGCUGCGGCAGCCUGGACCUGGGUGCCCCCGGACCACCCACCCCCAUGCCGGACACCCCGGGGGGCCGCCCGUCUCGACCUCCCAACUCAGCCCUCAUCUACAGCAACGUAGGAGAGCUGCGCGCCCACCUUGUCCCCCGCAAGGCUAGCCGAGGGGAAGGAGCCGGGAGAUCCCCCUCUCAGCCCAUGCCUCCCCCAUUGCCGAAGAAGCAGCUCCAGCGAGCGGAGUCCCUCCCAGAGCAGGGGCCAUCCUGGCACCAUCGGGGCAACCCCGCACCAUGGGCUGGCAGCAUCCCACCACUCCAUCUGCAGCACGAGGAGGGGGCUCCCAGCUCCAUCCCCCCGUGGAACAGACCUUCCUGGGGACCCAAGAAGCCCCUGACCAAGUCCCGAAGCCUGGGGGAACCAGUGGCCCGGAGCAGCCUGCAAAAAGCCUCAUCACCCAGCCCAGCGGAGCUGACAUUCCGGACGGUGGACGGGGAGCUGGGGCAGCUCCUGCAGUCCCUGGAGAGCCCGUCUGGGGUGUGCGGGGUGGUUUUGGGGUGCCAGGCAGCUGCCCUGGCCCGGCUCUCGGCUUGCAUCCAGGAGGGGCUCGUGGGGCCGGAGGAGCGGCAGCAGCUUCUGGAAGCAGAGCUGGCGGGGAAGGGCUGGGCAGCGCUCAGCAUCCUGGACCGGGAGCCAUGCUGCGAAAGCGGGGACGCUUGGUAUUUCCGAGUGGGCUUCACUUUUGAGCAAACCCAGCUGGUGUUUGCAGCCAAGGUCCCCAAGCUGGGCUGCACCAGCCUGGGGGUGCAGAGCUCCCUUGGGGCACACUGCAGCAUCCAGCGCCUGAUCGGCCGCUUCACCGACCGCCUCCCUCGGGAGCUGGUGCUCCCAGGAAGCUCUGGGCAGCAGAGUCGGUCCCCUUCUGGAGAGGAGCCAGCCCGUCUUGCCACCCACCCUGUCCUGCAGAUCCUUAUUUCUCCUGAGGUUCCCUACCAGACCCUGGCAGGCUUUGUGAAGGAAUCCCACGGUUUGCACAGGACCAGCCCCGGGCACUACGAACGCCUGGCUUGCCUCCUCCUCCUGCAGGUGUGCAUGGGGCUGGAGCACCUCCAGGUGCAGAACGUGGGGCGGGGGGACCUCUGCCUCGAGAACCUGCUGCUAGUGCGGUGCCCGUGUUCUCCCCGGAGCCAGCAAAGCAAGGAGGCAUCCCUGUCCCUUCCAAGGCUGCUCAUCAGCAGCUUCUUCAAGGUUAAAGACAAGCAAAGACCUUGUUCUACCAGCCAAGAGCAGGACUGGACCGAGGGGCUUGCUGCACCGCCCUCCCCGGCAGCAGAUGAGCUGAAUGUAGGCAUGCUGAUCUAUCGGAUCUUGCACGUGGAUAUCUCUCUGGAAAACGCCUUGGGGUUCAGAAGCAAUAGGCUUCCUGAAAUCCCCUCCCUGUCCAUCUAUUCCACGGGACUCAAGCGUCUGGCCAUGCUGCUUCUCCACAGAGAUCCCUGCAAGAGGGUCUCCAUCGAGCAGGCAAGGAGCAUCCUGCAGGUCCUGCUCUGGGGCCCUCGCCAGGAGCUCUUCGCCCGAAGCAAGAAGACCCUCACCCUGCUCCGGAGCUGGGUGGAGGUGAAGAGGGCUCUGCUGCUCCUGCAGUUUGCAGAGAAUUCGGCUGGGGCAGGGCCGAGCCCCGGCCUCGAGGAGUGGCUCUGCUGCCAGUACUUCAAGGAGGCCACUGAACACACACUCUACCAAGUCACCCAGGCUCUCUACACUCCCUAA